AUGUAUGGAUUGAGACGGAGCGGUAAGCUGAAGAAUUACAUAGCUCAAAAGGUAAUAUUGAAUGAUAGGGUAAAAUUGAAAUCAUACGUAAAGAUCGAGAUGGAACUGUCCCUUGAAUGCAACAAGCCCGACCUGAUGAUACAUGACCGAAAAACGAAAGAAAUCACACUGAUUGAGGUUGGCAUCACCAAAAAGAGCAUCCUGGCCAAGACCGAGUUGCGAAAAUAUCAGAAGUACGAUGUACUAAGAAAUGAGCUCACGGUAAUGUACCUUGGGUGCAAAGUAAUUACAGUACCAGUGGUGAUGACCUGGGAUGGAAUAGUGACAAAACAUUUCAAGGGUUAUAUGAAACAGCUCAAAGUCACCGACAUACUAAUGGCAUACAUGUAG